CCUCACCUUCCCACCAUCCACGGAAUUCUUUCCUCAGCAGACUGUCGGUAGCAAAAAUUUAUCUCGUCAUUCUCUUUGGCAGUGAAAACACCACCAAAGAGGAAAGCGACCUGCAGGAUGCCCAUCGAUCUCGACGAGAUCCUGAAAGAGAAGAGAGCUGCCGAGGCAGCAGCAGCGAGGCCUCGUUUCAUUCCGAAGGCGGAACGCGAGCGACUCGCUGCGGAAAAGCAGAAGAAAGAGGAGAGCGACAAGAAGCGCAAAGCCGCCGAGGAGGAGCGGAAGAGACACGAUGAAGAAAAGAAGUGGGAGUCUCGCUCAAAUGGCGUUUCGUCGACAAAUGGGACGCUCAAGGCGUCUCCUUCAGCAGUACCGACAGGGCCACGCUCCAUGAACCAACCGAACGGCCGCGACCGGGAACCCAAGGGCGGCGCAAAGAAAGCAAGCAAAGCGCUCGGCGACAAGCGCUCGGCCGAGGAUAUAGAGGCUGCGCUGCUGCGGUCGCGAUACUUGGGGCCCGAAGUAAACCAACAGUCUAACUUCUCGGCCAAGAAGAAGCGAAUGCGCACGACGGAGAAGAAGUUCAACUUUGACUGGGACGCGGACGACGAUACAUCAAGGGACAACGACCCUCUGUACACGCAACAGAGUGCGAACCGCGGCUUCUCGUUUGCCGGUGUUGGUGGCGAGUUUGACGAGGAUGCAGAGCGGCGCGCGCGCAAGCGAGCACGCAUGAUCGAGGAGAGAGACCUGGAACACGGUAGGGAGCGAGCAAAGGGAAUCAUGGAAGACUUCUACCGAGCCCGAGACAAGGCGAGGGCGAGGGCAGAAAGAACGGGCCUGGGCCGUCACUGGUCCGAGAAGCGAGUCGAAGAGAUGCGCGAGCGCGACUGGAGGAUCUUCAAGGAAGACUUUGGCAUCUCCACAAAGGGCGGCAGCAUUCCGAAUCCCAUGCGCAACUGGGAAGAAUCGGGCCUGCCCCCGAGACUUCUCGACAUCGUGGACCGCGUUGGCUACAAGGAACCGACGCCCAUCCAGCGAGCAGCAAUUCCCAUCGCCAUGCAGGCCCGCGAUUUGAUCGGUGUCGCCGUCACUGGUUCCGGGAAAACGGCCGCGUUCCUGCUCCCGCUUCUCGUUUACAUCUCCGACUUGCCGCCGUUGACCGAGGUUAACAAGAACGACGGUCCCUAUGCACUUAUUCUCGCACCGACACGAGAGCUGGUCCAGCAGAUUGAGACAGAGGCGAUGAAAUUCGCCACCCCGCUGGGCUUUCGCUGCGUGAGCAUCGUCGGUGGCCACUCCCUGGAGGAGCAAGCGUUUUCCCUACGAAACGGCGCAGAGAUCGUCGUCGCCACUCCCGGCCGUCUGGUGGACUGCAUCGAGCGCCGCCUGCUCGUGCUCUCGCAGUGCUGCUACGUCAUCAUGGACGAAGCAGAUCGCAUGAUAGAUCUCGGCUUCGAGGAGUCUGUCAACAAAAUCCUGGAUGCCCUUCCAGUCAGCAACGAGAAGCCGGACACGGACGACGCCGAAAACGCGCAAAUGAUGAAGCGCCACCUGGGUGGCCGCGACAAGUACCGCCAGACCAUGAUGUACACGGCCACUAUGCCGCCGCUCGUCGAGCGCAUCGCCAAGAAGUACCUCCGUCGCCCAGCGAUUGCCACCAUCGGAAACGCCGGCGAGGCUGUCGACACAGUCGAGCAGCGCGUGGAACUCGUGUCGGGCGAGGACCGCCGCAAGCGCCGCCUGCAGGAAAUUUUGACCUCGAAGCAGUUCGCUCCGCCCAUCAUCGUCUUCGUCAAUAUCAAGCGCAACUGCGACGCCGUCGCCCGCGACAUCAAGUCCAUGGGUUACUCCGCCGUCACCCUCCACGGCUCCAAGACGCAGGAGCAGCGAGAGGCCGCCCUCGGGUCCGUCCGGUCUGGGCAGACGCAGGUCCUCGUCGCCACAGAUCUUGCUGGGCGUGGUAUCGACGUCCCCGACGUUUCUCUCGUCAUCAACUUCAACAUGGCCACCAGCAUCGAGAGCUACACCCACCGCAUCGGUCGUACCGGUCGUGCUGGCAAGAGUGGUGUGGCCAUCACCUUCCUGGGCAACGAGGAUGCCGAUGUCAUGUACGACCUGAAGCAGAUGCUCAGCAAGAGCUCUAUCUCGAAGGUACCCGAGGAGCUACGGCGACACGAGGCUGCGCAGUCCAAGCCCGUGCGGGGCGGCGCCUCCAAAAAGGACACGGCGGCGGCGGAAAGGGGAAGCGAUGGUGCUGGGAAAGGAGGCUGGCAACAAUAGAUUGGGAACAGAUGCACGAUACAUGAAUGCAGGCGUCAAAAUGAUCCAGCAGGGUGUAAGUUGUAUUUUUAUAGCGAUCGUGCCCUCUAAAUGAACCAUCUGCCAC